CUUGAAGUUGGAUUCACAUCGGUUGAUUCUGGUCGGUAGCGUUGGGACUUCGUUCCCUGUACUGGGAUUGGUUUUUUGUCACUUAUCCGUAAUGUAUACAAAUAUGUCUUUUUGUUUUCUAAAGACGGUAGUUUACUGUUGACUGGUGUUUUGUUGUUGUUGUUGUUUUACAAGCAGAAAUGUAAAGAAAAGGCUGUAAUUCUCCUCCAAUUUGAAUGUGUCAUCCAGCACUUGUAAAUCCUAGCAACAGUCUUAAAUCAAGUUACAUCCUUUUAAAUUUGUGAAAUAUUUACUUUACUUGUUAUGCCUUGGAAAUAUGUAAUUAUCUAUCUGGAAUGUCUUAUAUGUUUUAACUCUGAAGGUUUUUUUCUAUUACAAAUUAAAGUAAAAGUGUGUCUGAAAUCUUAAAAAUAGGAUAUUACAGUAAACUGCGUAUUUAUUUUGUUGUGGUAUGAAUGGCCAUGUAAUCAGUAUGAAAAGCUGUAAAAACAUAUUUACCCUGGAAGACAGCAGAGGAAACCCUGAGUCUCUGUCCACAUUAACAGUCAAAAACCAAGUUCACAUGUGGCAGACCUGAUGGUGACACCACAAACUGUUUAAAACUGCUUUCAGUUUUGUGAAAUCCAAUGAAUUUCUUUUUAAUGGACAUUUUAAAUCCAUGGCCUUUUAUCCAAGAAAAACAGUCGUUUGAUGAUCCUGUUUCUUUAAGAAACACUGAACGACGAGCUCGAAACCGACUUCAGCCUCAUCCCUCCCACAGUCUGUGUUACGUCACCCUCUGUCACUCAGCGGUCACCUGCUUCAGCUGAGGGCUGAACCCCACGGGGAGAACACGGAGAAGCUAACAGCCAGUUGCCACAAUGCUCGCUCGCCUGUUAGCGUCGCUCGUCAACAACCUUCACAUCGUUGAGAAGUUGGCGGAGUCUCGACCGAUUCGCAGGGCGGCUCAGAUCACAGCCUACGCUAUCACUAAGGCUCAGAUAGCCGGACGGGACGCCUCGGACCGGGUCUUGCGCUCCCAGACGGUACGGCAGGUCCGGGACGAGGCCGGCAAAGUGCCCGGGGAUCUGGGAGAGAUCAGUGGCCGCCUCAAGAGAGUCAGAGACACGUUUGUGAAUGAGGUGAAGUCGGGCUGGAAGGACGGAUCCAGGCAGGUGAAGAAGUGAAGAGGACGAGCUGGUUGUGGGAUGUGACCGAAACGCUGCUGCUUGAACUAAAUAGAACUAUUGUGUGAGCACAUUGAACCAUCAGGGUGCGCUCGGGUGGUCGGUAAUAAUAUCUGUACUCGCAAUCUGCAAGGUCAGUUUAUAACAAACUGUGGUUAGAAAAAUGAAUGUCUUUUUAAACUUCUGAAAACAUGUGGGAACUUGAAGUGUGCUCUUUACCUCCCACAAACCUCUGAUGGUGAUGUGGACGCUUGGGAGAUCAUUUAAGUAAAACAUUUUUUGUUGAGAAGAUUUAGAUUGGCUUCUGAUGAGGACUUCUUGACAUUCAUCCCUUGUAGCAAUCUGUGCAAUCAUUUGCCUGUAACACAUCAUCCUGCCAAAGAGCUUUUUCUGGUUCUGUGUUUCUAGAGUAAAAAAGUAUUCAUAUUAAGUGAGAUGUGCUGUGUAUAGACAGUAAAAAUACCUUUUAGAUGUGACUCAAUAAAGAUUAUAAUUUAAAACA